AUGGGCUCCAGCAUCUUCCCACUCUGUGUGACACUUCUGUUGUGUUCUGUCUAUGGUUCUCCAGUCUCUGUGGGACAGCUCUCCAGUGAAGCUGAUGCUGGAGCUGGUGAGGUAUUCAAAGACAUUCCCCAAAUCAACUUGGCUGCUGGACUGGACCUCUUUCAGGGUGAUAUCUUGCUCCCUAAAAAUCAGCGAAAUGCCUUAAGAAAUGAGACCUACAGAUGGAAGUUCCCCAUUCCCUAUAUUCUGGGUGAUGACCUAGACCUGAAUGCCAAAGGGGUCAUUCUCCAGGCAUUUGAAAUGUUCCGCCUGAAGUCCUGCAUUGAUUUCAAGCCAUAUGAGGGAGAAAGAUCCUACAUUUUCUUUAGCAAGCAAGAUGGGUGUUGGUCUAUGGUGGGGAACCAGCAGACUGGACAGAACCUCUCAAUUGGGUCAGGGUGUGACUACAGAGCAAUUGUGGAACAUGAGAUCCUGCACGCUUUGGGAUUUUACCAUGAGCAGUCGAGGAUGGACCGGGAUGACUACGUCAAUAUCUGGUGGGAUGAAAUUAUUGAAGGCAGAGAGCACAAUUUUGUGAAGUAUGAUGACACCUACAUCACUGAUCUGAACACCCCCUAUGACUACGAAUCAGUGAUGCACUAUCAACCAUUUUCAUUUAACAAAAAUGAAAGUGUCCCCACAAUCACAGCGAAGAUACCAGCGUUUGAUGACAUUAUUGGCCAACGUCUAGACUUCAGUGCCAUUGACCUGGAAAGACUGAAUCGCAUGUACAACUGCACUUCAACUCACACCUUUUUGGACCAGUGUUCUUUUGAGCUUGAAAACAUCUGUGGUAUGAUCCAGGGCACCAAGCAUGACCAAGACUGGGUCCACCAAAAGGGCAGUGUGAUGGGGCAGGAGGACCACACACUUUCUGGGCGCUGUAGAGAUGCUGGCUACUUCAUGUACUUCAACACAAACUCUGGCCAGGCAGAUGAGGUGGCAGUCCUAGAGUCCCGAAUUCUUUAUCCAAAGAGAACUCAGCAGUGCCUCCAGUUCUUCUACAGGACCACAGGAAGCCCUUCUGACAAGCUGAUCAUCUGGCUGAAAGAGGACGAUGGCACUGGGAACAUUCGUAAGAUGAGGAAAAUUCAAACCUUUCAAGCGGACAGUGACUCCAACUGGAAGAUUGCCCACGUAACCCUCAACGCUCAGAAGAAAUUCCGUUACCUCUUCCAAGGACUGAAGGGCAACCCCAGCUCUUCACUGGGUGGGAUUGCUAUUGAUGAUGUGACUCUGACAGAGACCCCCUGUCCCACAGCUGUGUGGGUCAUUCGCAACUUCAGCAAAAUCCUUGAGAACUCAUCCAUCAGCAUUGUCGAAAGCCCCAGGUUUUACAGCCCCGAGGGUUACGGGUUUGGCAUCAGCGUGUUGCCCAACUACCAGAACAGUAGCUAUGCUCGUGUUGCCUUCCACCUGUGCAGUGGAGAGAACGAUGCAGUUCUGGAAUGGCCGGCUCUGAACCGCCAGGUCAUACUCACAGUGCUGGACCAGGACCCCGAUGUCCUGAAAAGGAUGUCCUCAAGCAGAAGCUUCACCACAAGCCAGGACCAUGUUGUCUCAGGUAAAGGUGGAACUAUAAUAUGGGAUAAACCAUCAAUUGCUGGAAGGUUUGAUGAGUCGUGCAAUUGCUACAGAAGUGUAACCUGGGGGUGGAAUAACUUCAUAUCUCACAGCCAGCUGAGACGAAGAAGCUUCCUGAAAAAUGAUGACCUUAUUAUCUUUGCAGAAUUUAAUGAUAUAAUUCACCUCAAUAACACAGAAGUUCCUGUUGAACCUGUGCAAUCUGCCCUCAUGGAAGGCCUCGUGCUUGAAAGGCAGAAGAGAGCAGUCCAGGACAUGGAGCCUGUCCAAGACCAGCUGCCUUACCUGCCAGACCCGUGUGACCCAAACCCUUGUCAGAAUGAUGGAGUCUGUGUGAAUGUGAAAGGAAAAGCAAGCUGCAGGUGCCCAUCGGGACAAGCCUUCUUCUUCACUGGGGAGAGGUGUCAGUCAAGGCAAGUCCAUGGGAACAUCCUGGGAAUGACUAUUGGUGGAAUUGCUGGAACCAUUGUCUUAACUGUCGUCCUCAUUUCCAUGAUGGCUAGAAGAUAA